GGACGCGGCGUGGAUGGAGCCGGCGGCGGCGAUGCCGAGCUGCUGGUGCGCGGUGCUGGGCGCUGCCGUGUCCGUGCCCCUCCUGAUGCUGGCGGCGGCGCCCUAUGUCAGGCGGUACGUGGCCGGAGGGCGGUGCGGGUCCGCGGCCAGGCUGGACGGGAAGGUGGCGGUGAUCACGGGCGCCAACACCGGCAUCGGGAAAGAGACCGCCAGGGAGCUCGCACGGAGAGGCGCAAGGGUGAUUGUUGCCUGCAGAGACAUAGCAAAGGCAGAAGCUGCAGCACGCGAAAUCCGAGCUGACACAAACAAUCAGGAAGUCAUUGUGAAAAAGUUGGACUUGGCUGAUACAAAGUCCAUCCGGGAGUUUGCUAACAGCUUUCUAGCAGAAGAGAAGGAACUUCAUAUCCUCAUUAAUAAUGCUGGGGUAAUGUUAUGCCCUUACUCCAAGACAGCCGAUGGCUUUGAGAUGCACCUGGGAGUGAAUCAUCUUGGUCAUUUUCUUUUAACCUUCUUAUUACUGGAGCGUCUGAAGCAGUCUGCACCAUCCCGCAUUGUGAACGUGUCCUCACUGGCUCAUCACGGAGGCCGAAUCCGCUUCCAUGACCUCAAUGGCGAGAAGAGCUACAAUCGUGGCCUCGCCUACUGUCACAGCAAGUUGGCCAAUGUCCUUUUCACCCGAGAGCUGGCAAGGCGGCUGCAAGGCACUAAAGUCACAGCAAACUCUCUCCAUCCUGGCUCUGUCCAUUCUGAGUUGGUCCGGCACUCAUUUGUAAUGUCAUGGCUGUGGAGGAUAUUUUCAUUCUUCUUGAAGACUCCAUGGGAAGGAGCUCAGACCAGUGUGUACUGUGCAGUAGCAGAGGAGCUAGAAUCUGUGACAGGACAAUAUUUCAGUGAUUGCCAGCCAGCGUAUGUAUCUCCAUGGGGUCGGGAUGAUGAGACAGCAAAGAAGCUCUGGAAUGUGAGCUGCGAGCUCCUCGGCAUCCAGUGGGACUGAGCAGUGCAGCCAUCUGUGUGUAUGUGGCUGAGCACAGUGAUGCUACUCUUGGGAAGAGCACUGCUGCCAAGAACACUGGUACUUCAGCUGCCCUUGUGAUGGUUCUGUGGAUGCAGUCCAGUAUGAUUUUCUGGAAUGCUACACUUAAUGAUUGAGAUUAGAAAGCAAAGCAUCCCUUUUUGUAGCUGGAAAAUUAGAGCACCAAUACUGUGAGCAAUCAUUGGUAACUCACAACAGCUAGAGGCUGUUGUCCUGUGGCUUUAGAAUAGAAAUGGAGGUUAUCAUCUUAGCUUUAGGUCACCUGUAUUGAAAGUUGCUUUUUGCUUUAGUCUCUUUUUCCAUAACCAGUAAAACGUUAAAAACUAGAUUUACAAGGUCAUUUUUUGUUCCUAAUAUUUGACAGGGCAGAGUACAAGUAGUCAUGUUUCUGGCAAUUACAUGUAAUAUAAAUGCUCACAAACACUCAGAAACAAGUGCUGGCCUAACUAGGAUCAAGCAUUAUUUUCCAUGUUCUCUAAACACCUCUAGCCUGUGAAGUAAGACUGGUUCAUCUUUUGGGAACACAGCUGUCAAUGCAGCUAGCUGGAAGGUUAAAACCUGCAGGAAUGGUGAAAUUGGGUAGUGGCUAGUUAUUUUAUUCAAAACAGUUAACAAUCUGUGCUGUGGAAACACUAAGCAAAGAUGGUAUAAAACUUGUCCUAAUAAAAAUCUAAGCUGUACUUAAGUGAUUUACAAA